AUGGUCACUCCUAAACUGGCUCUGAACAAUGUGAUCGUAUUGACUGAGGGCAGGAUCUUGGACGCCUACGGACAUCUAUCGUUUCGGCAUCCACUGAAGCCGGAGACUUUCAUCAUGCCCCGUAACGUAGCUCCUGCAAAUAUCGCCUCAGCACAGGAUCUUGUCGAGUACAAUGUGGCUGAUGCCAGCGCUGUUGAUGCCAAUGCCCCUCCUGGAUACAUUGAGAGGUUUAUUCACAGCGAAAUAUAUCGACGAUUUCCGGCAAUCAAAAGUGUCAUUCACAGCCACGCCAGCGCCGUCAUACCUUAUACCAUCUCAGGUGUUCCUUUGAGAGCAUGUCUGCACAUGGCAGGGUUCUUGGGCGCAGGUACACCUGUGUACGAUAUCGCAAAACACUACGACCGCGACUCUGUCCGAGAUCUUUUGAUCAGAAACACCAAGCUGGGAGAAUCCCUAGCUACCUGUUUUGGCACGACCAAUUCUGAUACCGCCACUGAUCGAAAGCUCGACAUUAAUGCUUCUGUUGUUCUCAUGCGUGGACAUGGAUAUACAGUAGCAGCUCAAGGCAUUGAAGAGUGUGUGUACAGGGCAAUAUACACAAGAGAGAAUGCUGCGGUCCAGUCACAGAGUCUUCUUCUCGGAGCAGCAUAUCAAUCGGCCUCGGGGCAUGCACCGAAGCUUGAAUACCUCCAUGAUGACGAGUUGCCCGCAGCCGGCAGCAUAGCGGAAACAGGCUGGAAGCGGGCAUGGGGUCUAUGGGUCCGCGAGGUAGAAGCAGUAAACUUGUAUGUCCAUGAUGAUCAGCCUUAG